UCAGCAGCAGCAAAUAUGGCAGCAGUGACACUUGGGACCGAGACUGAUGGCUCAAUCUGUCCAUCUAGUAACAACGCAAUUGUUGGCAUCAAACCUACUGUUGGUCUUACAAGCCGAGCAGGAGUCAUCCCUAUUACUCCCAGACAGGACACUGUUGGACCCAUGUGCAGAACAGUAGCAGAUGCUGUAUACGUCCUUGAUGCUAUUGCAGGAUUAGAUUAUAAAGAUAAAGCAACCAUUGAAGCAUCAAAGUACAUUCCACGUGGUGGCUACAAACAGUUUCUAAAGCCUUAUGGUCUCAAAGGGAAGAGAUUGGGCUUAUUGAGGAAUGUGUUCUUCAGUUUCGAUAAAGGAUCUAUUUUUGCUGAAGCUUUUGAGCGUCAUUUCUCCACUUUAAGGCAAGGAGGUGCAGUUUUGGUAGAAAAUUUGGACAAAUCCAAGUUUCUGGCUGCGUAUAGCGCCAACACAAACUUCAUAUCUGUAGCAAUGAAUGCUGAGUUCAAAUUGGCCUUGAAUUCUUACCUAAAAGAGCUUGUGGUUUCUCCAGUGAGAUCCCUAAAAGAUAUCAUUGCAUUCAACAAAAAGUUUUCAGAUUUGGAAAAAACAAAGGAAUAUGGGCAACAGCUUUUCCUCGAUGCUGAAGCUACGAAUGGCAUAGGCAAGAAAGAGAAGGAGGCACUAUUACAUUUAGCAAAAAUGUCAAGAGAUGGACUGGAGAAAUUGAUGAGGGAGAACAAGCUAGACGCGUUAUUGUCACCAUUUUCAUUAGCUUCGACUGUUCUGGCAAUAGGUGGAUAUCCAGGAAUUAUAGUCCCCGCUGGAUAUGAUACCGAGGGGGUGCCUUUCGGCCUAUGUUUUGGAGGACUAAAGGGCUCAGAGCCAACGCUGAUUGAGAUUGCAUAUGCCUUCGAGCAAGCCACUAAGGCUAGGAGGCCUCCUCCGUUCACGCCUUGAAAAGUGGAGUGGAGGGAGGUUUAGAGUCUGUUUGGUUUAAUUUUUUUAAUUAAAAAGCUAUUAUAGAGUUUGUAUGAAAAAUAAUAAUUUUUAAAAUUAAGUUAAAUUAUUUGUUAAGUUAUUUGGAAAGAUAAAUUAUAUAAAUUUUAAUUUUGAUUAAAAUUAUCAUAUAGAAUAUUUAUAUCAUCUUCUAUCACUUAAUAAACUAAAACGAAAUAAGUCUAUUUCGAAUUUAUAUACGAUUUCAUGUGUUAAAAUAUUUAAAAAAAUCUAUAUCAAAGACGAAACAACUCUCAAACUUAUAUAACAAUAAUAGUAUUAAAUUGAUAUGUGAAGAAGAAGUAGUAUUUGAAUACAAUUUUGAAUUUUAAAUUUUCUUUUCUCUUAAUUUUUAUAAAAAUAAAAAAAAUAUAUUAAAUUUUGUUAUUCUAUUAUUGGAUUUUGUGUUUUCUUAGUAGUGCUUGUAGGAAGAGGUAGGGGAGAGGGAGAUCGUGAUUUUGCAUUGAAGAAUGAUGAUUUGUAAAAAUAGAGAAGAGAAUGAUGAUUUGUAAAAACAGAGAAGAGGGAGAUUAAUGGAGAGAGAAAGAAAAGUAUUUAUUAAAAAGCUAACGUAUUUUUAAAAGAACAA